AUGGAUGAUGGUCAGCUGCAUCUGAUAUUUCUAAGGAAAGCAAUGUCCUUGCGUUCCUUGAUACAACCAAUGAUGUCUUCACAUCCUGCAGAGUUCAAAGAAUAGCACAAACAGAUGCUCUCCUUGAUAGAUGCAUGCCUUGAAUGCAGAAAUGAUGACCUAUAUUUUGUUCUAGGAAUGGCAGGAAAUGUCAUGUCUAAGACACUGCAUUGCAGUUAGUCUUCUCAAGGUUUGCAGAAGAGUUAACAACAACAAAAUUAACAUGGACAGGAGUGUUAACAAAUAUCCUUUCCUUUGUUUUACGUACUGUUUCUCCGAAUUGUGUGGAAUUUUUUAAAUCAGCAAUUUUGAUAAACAUAGUACAUAAAACAACAGAAGUGUUUUUACAUGACUACACAAACUCUAUUAGGACCAACCAAAAUGUCGCAAAUUAUUGAGUGAGCUUUCAAGUUCUACAAAAUGCUUCAUUGAACUGAAUGUUAAACGAAGUAGAGGUGGACCUAGGACACCUGGGAUAGCACCUGAAAGAACCUCAUCAAUUUACUGUGCAUUCCUAUACACGUCUAUGCAGAAGUACAUUCAGCUGAGGUCAGUUGAAUGUACUUCCAGGUAAGUUUGUACAAUAACACUGCAACCCAGCAGUACAAUCUUGUGCACACCCACUCUGAAGUAAGUGUCAAUGAAUUUGAAGGUUCUUACUCCCCUGUAAGUGCACAUAGUAAGUGUGGAGAACCUUUGGCCCACCAGAUGUUGAUGAAAUGGGAAAGUAGGGGAAGAGCUACACUCAUGGUUUUUAACAUUAAGGAAGGGGUUUGAUAACAUAGAUGGACACAUGAAGUCCUACUUUUUACAUUCAUAAAGCGUUAUUACCUUGUUUUUUUAUCACUUAUUUUUUAUCAUUUUCUACAGCUGUAUCGGUGAAAUACUGCCCAUAUGUCUCUAUGUAGCAUUUUACCUUUUUCUUUUUAUUGUAUUCAAACUCUGACCCCUCUCCAAAGGUAUUCGAAGGGCAGUGUUCAGUUUCUCCUCCUGCCUUUUGCUUCUUCCAUCCUAGCAGUAUGUUUUCAUUUCAUUGUUUUCAUUUCCGGUUUCUCUUUUGCAGUCCAUGCAACAAAGGACACAAAGGGAGGGAGGGAGAAUUAAAAUGUGGCGCCAGAGGGCAGAGCAGAGCAACCAGCGACCAGCAGCAGGAAAAGAAACCAUUUUGGAAAAUGGUGUGGUAUUACUUACAUUGGACGGGGGAAAACAAGGUAAAAGACAUUUUAACUAACAGGUAUGCCCUGUGACAUUUUAGAACGACAUACCAUUUUUUAUUUUAUUUUUUAUAAUAUUUAUUCAAAUUUUAAGAUUACAGACAAAGAAAAAGUAAAGCAAGAAAAACCAAUAAACACACAGUACAAGAAAGAAUACACAAGACAAAAAAAAAUCACAAUAAAAAAUAACAAAAGAAAAAUUCAAAUUAAACCAUUAGAACCGUUUUCCCAUUUACUUAUUUCCGUGACUUCCUCUCACUUCUCUGCUUUGUAUUCUAAUUCAAAUUGUAUCUCCAGCAAAUCCUUCAAACAUUCUUUUCAUUUGCUUAUUUUAACAUUUUAACAUUCAAAAAUAUUUAAUUCUCCUCUAUCUUUUAUUUUACACUUCAUAUUUACUUAAUUCCAUUAUACUCUGUCUGCCAAUACAGUCUGAUAUUUCUUCUCCGACCUUUUCUAACAUUCUUUUAUGUUACAGUAAUUCUGAAGAUAUGUUUUAAACUUUUUCCAAUCUUCUUCCAUCGACCCUUCUUCUUGAUCUCGAAUUCUGCCGGUCAUCUCAGCCAGUACCCCUAAAUAUUUCACUUUGUUAACAAUUAUUAAUCCUGUCUCUUUCUGGAACCUCUCCUUCUCUAUCUCUGUAAGAUUUUUCUCUAGUACCUUGGUUUUCAUCUUGUUUAAUUUAAAACCAGCUACUUGACCAAAUUCUUGUAUUAAUUGUAGCACCCUUUUUGUGCUAACUUCUGGCUCCUGUACUGUCAAAACUAAAUCAUCAGCGAAAGCUUUCAAUUUGUACUGUUUAGCUCCGAGUUGUAUAGAACGACAUACCAUAUUUUUCGCCCUAUAGGACGCACCCGACCAUAGGACGCACCUUGUUUUAGAGGGGGAGAACAAGGGGGAAAAAAAUCUCCCCCUCUCUGCGCAGCGCCCCUUCAGGAAGCAGCAGGAGAAACGGAGCCCCUUCCAUUUCUCCUCCCGCUUAGCUAAAGGGGCGCUGCGCCUUAGCUGAAGGGGCACCUACCCUUCAGCAAAAGGAACCCAAAGCCUCCGGAGAGCAGCAGGAGCUCCCGCUGUGCUCCGGAGGCUUCAGGUGGCUAUCUUUGAAGCCUGGAGAGCGAGAGGGGUCGGUGCGCACCAACCUCUCUCGCUCUCCAGGCUUCAGCCGAGCUUCCCUCACUGCCAGCCCCGGGGAGCAGCGGGAAGGCUGCAUGCAGAGCUUGUCGGGGCUGGCAAGGGAAGCCCGGGUACAGGGACCACACAUUUACUCCUUAAGACGCAUAGACAUUUUCCCUUAGAUUUUAAGAAGAAAAAAGUGCAUCUUAUGGAGUGAAAAAUACGGUAUCUAAUAUUCUAAUGGGGGAAAUAACGUUAAACAGGUCAGUGUAGAUCUAGCCCAGGACUCUGAACUAGAUGGGCCAUUAGCCUUAUCCAGCAGCAGCUUCUUAUGUUCUCCCAGCAUCCCUGCUCAUUGACACAGCUUGCUGGGGCUGAUGGGAGUUGUAGUUCAGGAAUAUUUGCAGGGUCAGAGGUUCCACUCCUCUACUCUGGGUUUAAAAGAUUGCAGCUUUAGACUGCAGUUUUUCCAAGUUCCAUGCUAAGUUUCCUCUGUUUUAAUCAGGACUGGGAUUACAGAGGGGGACAAAGGGUUAAAGUCCCCUCCUUGUCCCACCAGAGUCCCCGUCUGACAAGAGAUGCAGCUCUAGGGUUUCUUGACAAUGUAAUAAUUAACAAGUCACCAGUACUUUAGAAGAGCCUUGUGGAUCAGAGCAAAGGCUCAGCUAGUCCAACUACCUGUUUCCCAUUGUUGGCAUCCAUCUGUCUUGAGAGACAAUGGUAUGCUCCUUCAGCGGUGAAGUCAAACUGCUGCAUUAGCAGCACUGAAAUGACCUCCCUGGGAUGCAAUCCUGGGCAGUGUAUAUGGAGGCCCUGGGCUGCCCAGAUGACAAGACCCCUGUCUCGGCUUCGCUGAUGUGGUCCAAAGGUACUUUAGAAAAUCACAGACCAUAGGUGUGGCAGUUUGGUUUGCUUCCUGCAGCCUGAGGCUGUCACACAGCUCAAUUACCUUCUGCUUUUGACUUAGAACAAGUUAUCCAUCUUCUCUCUCUGUUUGAAGGCAGUAUUAGGCAUUUCCUUAUUCCUAUAGUGGCUGAUCAAAUGCCCAUGGGAAGCCCACAAACAGAACAUGUGAUAGCACUUUCCUGCUCAUGUUUCCCAGCAGCUGAUCUUCUGAGGGAUGCUGCCCCAAUCCUGGAUCGUAGCUCGCAGCCACCAUGACAAAUACCCUUUGAAAGCAGCAGUGCUUUUUUCUUGGGGGGAUGCAGGGGGACACAUACCCUAAACAUUUUGUGAAUCUAAGUUUGGCCUCACUGAGCGACAGAGUAGGAAAAUGAGAGUAAAAGGUAAAGGGACCCCUGACCAUUAGGUCCAGUCGUGGCCGACUCUGGGGUUGCGGCGCUCAUCUCACUUUAUUGGCCAAGGGAGCCAGCGUACAGCUUCCAGGUCAUGUGGCCAGCAUGACUAAGCCACUUCUGGUGAACCAGAGCAGUGCACGGAAACGCCGUUUAUCUUCCCGCCGGAGUGGUACCUAUUUAUCUACUUGCACUUUGACGUGCUUUCAAACUGCUAGGUUGGCAGGAGCAGGGACCGAGCAACGGGAGCUCACCCUGUCGCAGGGAUUCAAACCGCCAACCUUCUGAUCGACAAGUCCUAGGCUCUGUGGUUUAACCCACAGCGCCACCCGCAUCCCUAAAAUGAGAGUACCUACCCCUAAACAUUUUUUUAAUAGGAAAAAAGCACUGGAUAGCAGUAUCAAUAAGUCACCAGCUUGGCUAUUCUUAGGCUGUGUAUACCUUCAAAAGCAUAUUUGAAACGCAUUCUGUCCCUCAAAGAAUUCUGGGCAUCGUAGUUUAACCCUCACAUAGUUAUAAUUCUUGGCAACCCUUGACAAACUGCAUCGCCCAGAAUUCUUUGAUGGAAAGAAUGUGCUUCAAAUGUGCUUUAAAGGUGUGGUAUGUACACAACUGUAAAGAACUCAAAUGUGAAAUUGCUGAUCUUCAAAAUACGUAAUGCUCUGAGACUCAGGCUUUCUAACUGAAGACAGGAAAGAAGCCAAGGUAACACAUCUGUUUGCCCUCAGAACUCUAAUUCUCUCCCUGGAAGAAGUCAGUUCAGGCACAAGUAUCUACCCUACAUCUUUUGAUGUCUAAAGAAUGAAUGUAGCAUCUCAGUAGCCUGUCCAGUUUUGCAGCCUAAUAGGUUGACCUGUUUGGAUUUCCCUUACUUGUGACAAAAGUUAGUUGCUAAACUAUGGCAUAGUAGACAGACACUCGGACUUAAAGUGGGUAAACUCAGGUUCAAAUCCUUGCCUGGACAUGAAACACAUUGGGUACCUUUUGGCCUUCCACUGGUCUGGUUUGUAUGAUACUCAAGCCAAACCAUAGUUUACUGGGACUAUGCAAAUGUGUAAACUUUGCUCAUUCCCUAAGUUUUUUGCUUGUUUCUUUUUUGCUUCCAUGGCUUAGUGAGUGGUCUGAACCCAGGUUUGUGGUAAAGGGGUUUUUUUUGGGGGGGGGUUACUAUAGUUCAUAGUUAGUGAGUAGGAAGCUCUCCGAUAAGCCUGGGUUUGUACAUCACACAAAACCAAACCAUCACUUGACUCAGCAUGCUGGUUGCACAAUCCUGGUAAGCCAUAGUUUGGUUUACCAUGUUGCAAAACCAAGCCAGUGUUUCCCAGAAUGGCUUACUUUGCAAUGUUGUUUUGGGGGUUUAAAAACUCUCUCUGUGUGUGUGUAUGUAUGUGAUGUGUGUGUAACCGUGUAUGUGUAACCCUGAACUCUUCUGAGGAAGUAUGGGAUAAAAAACUGAGAUUACAUGUGCUAAAAACAACCCUUGAAAAAUAUCAGUCCAGCCAUAGUCAUUUGAAGAUUGCAUGGCCAUUGUAAACUCCUUUCCAACUUUCAGCAACAUGGCCAUAUAUGGUUUACUUGUACAGGGCAAUAAAUAAAUAAUGAUGUAACGAAAAGGUCAGGCUUAUGUCAUUUCGGAAAAGGAUGUUGCAGAAAGCAAAGUUCUACAGAUUAUAAUGCUGCAGGGAGAAAACUUGAGAGGGGAACAAGUCCCUUUGCCACAGACUUCACACAGGAAAUCUGAGAUUCAGAGCAACUUAUAUUUUGGCUUGUAAUCGUCGAUCAUGGGGUGAUCCAGAAAUAAACUCCGCACUUCAAAGAGGGAGAGAGUUCAGAGCUGCUCUGCAGUUUAUCAACACACAGAGACGGGAGAGAGAUGCACCCGAAAGGGGAUUUUCUGAAUUAAGAGUUCACCAAGGAAAAUCACUCCGGGGUAAACUUUGUUAGCUACAGCAACUAUAAGGUAAUGCAGUUAUGCAUGCUUUGAAUGCAUUGGUUGGGUGCAGAACCUGUAAUUUGCUUACAAUGUGCAUAACCGUUCCUUUCUCCAAAUGUAGGAAUGCAUUAAAUUAACUAUGGGAAAUGACUUACACAUACGAAAUCUUGGAAGACAAAGGACUUUUUAAACAGAAUUUACUUUGCAUCCUAAGUGGUUCACUAAAAUGUAAAUAUGUAAUUUAUCACUCCUCUACCAUAGCAUAUGCAUCCAUUCAAAAGGAAUGUUUUGAUGUCUUUACUUCUGAAAUAUUAUAUGCAGAGGUGAUUGAUAUUAGAAGAGGAAUCUGGAUGUCUGUAGUGCCUGAUCUUUCAACACACCCUACAGGGAAAUGCUAAAGCCAUCUUAAGUUACUGUUUCUUUCAACCAGAUUGUUUCUGUUAUUUCCAUGGCUAUGGCAAGAUACAACAAUUGUGAUGAUGGAUGCCAAGUGGUAUGAAUGUUGAAUGUUGGGAGAUUCAGGACAGAUAAAAAAAAGCACUUCUUUCUGCAGCACAUAGUUAAAUGACGGAACUUGCUUCCACAGGAGGCAGUGAUGGCUAUCAAUUUUGGAUUAGACAAAGUCAUGGAGAAAAAGACUAUCAAUGGCUGUUAGCGAUCAUGGCUUUGCUCUUCACAGUUGGAGGCAUUAUGCUCCUGAAUACCAGUUGCUGGAAACUGCAGGAGGAAUGAGUGCUUCUUUGCUCACAUCUUGCUUGUGGGUUCCCAUAUAAGCAUGUGGUUGGCAACUGUUAGAACAGGAUGGUGGGCUAGUUGGCUUACUGGCCAGAUCCAGGUACUUAUGGUAAGGACUAAAGUAUAACAGAUAUGGGGGUGGGUGAGCGGACCGAUUGCAUGGAAGUGUUGUUGUUGGCAUCCAAGAUGGGCCAAGGCAACUUCAUAAACAGUUUGAUGUAUCUAGACAGCUGGGGACUGGCGGGAUCCAUUUACUCAGAAAUGUUUCAUCAUCUGGAAACUUGGUUCCCUGUGCUUUAGCAGACUGCAGUAAUCGUUGUGGCAAAAAUAUAUUUGCCUGACCUACAUCCUAUGUAGCUGAUCUAAAAAUAUUAAGUCUCAAGGUCUGCAAGUUCCAUCUUACGUGUUUAGGAUUCGGGUGGCUGGAAAUAUACAGAUCUUGCAACAGGCAAUUGUGGUCAACAAACCAGAAGAUUCCCACUGUACAAAAGCAGCUGGUGAGCUAAACCAAGGAAAACAUUUAAACAACAACAACAACAACAACAACAACAACAGGGCAAGGAGGCAGAAUUUAAAGGUGGCCAAUCUGCACCCCCUGCCUCUGAAAGGAAUGUGUGUGCAUUUCAUUAUUGUAAAUAUAUUUGCACAUUUAAUCCUUUGGAUGAAAUGAACACAUACCCUGCAAGCAUACCAGAAGAAAAGGCCAUCAUAUCCCCCCCCCCCAUGAGCGCACGGUGGCUAUUUUGGGCAUGGUGUUCUCGUGAGAUUUUGCACCGAGAUCUCACCCCGAAAAGCACUUUUUGCAGGGCCACAAUCUUGUGUGACAUCCCAAGACACAUGUUUUUGGAUGCCAUGAGAACACGCCCCCUCCAAAGUGUGUCUUGGGGGCUCCAUUAUCACUCAUGGGUCAAGUGACUCAUGUACAGACAGGAAGACAUGCGUCCUGGUUUUGAGACGCUACAUAUUGGAGGGUAUGUGGACACAGAAGACAUUCUAGUUGUGGUAGCUCUGUGUGUGUGUGUGUGUGUGUGUGUGUGUGUCCAUGCAAUGCAUUGGAGCACCCAUGAUCCGAAGAUGAUUACUGGACUGUUGGUCACCCUUGACCAUUCUCCAUGCUGCCUGGAGCUGAUGUGAGUUGCAGUCCAAGAGAGCACCAGGUUGAUGAAGGCUGAUGUAGGCUUUGUACUACUAAUCAGAACCCAGGUUUCCUGAGCCUUACAUGUAUACAGCUGCUCAUGUGGAGAGACCCUUCUCACAUUCCACUUGAUGUACAGUGGUACCUCGGGUUACAUACGCUUCAGGUUACAUAUGCUUCAGGUUACAGACUCCACUAACUCAGAAAUAUUACCUCGGGUUAAGAACUUUGCUUCAAGAUGAGAACAGAAAUCGUGCUCUGGCAGCGCGGCAGCAGCAGGAGGCCUCAUUAGCUAAAGUGGUGCUUCAGGUUAAGAACAGUUUCAGGUUAAGAAGGGACCUCUGGAACGAAUUAAGUACUUAACCCGAGGUACCAUUGUACAUAGGAAGGACCAGCAGCCACAUGCUGAUAAAGGGCAUGGCUAGUAGCUAUAAUCCAGCCUCUCUUCCCAUGUAAUUGAGCAUGUGGCCUGGAGAAUAUCAAAAAGGGCUGUAGUCACCAGUAGCCACCGGGAGACCUCUCUGAUGUGGGUUAAUGCUAAAAAGAGGGAUUCUGCCAAUAACCUAGUUAAAAGCCGAUUUGAAAUCUGAUUUAAUGGGCAGGAUACCCUUAGCCCUUCUGCAGAUCAAGAAAGGUCCAGAGUCUGACCCUGACUCCUUUGUACUCAGGUUCCUGCGAGUUCAGUUAGGGGGAAAACCAUUCACUGAAGGACUUCUCCAUUUCAGUUCCCAGGUUCCUUUUUCACAGAAUGACACAGCUGUAUUUUUGUUUUGUUAAUGUUGGGCUCUUGUCAUCACAUUUAGAUCAGACUUCCCCAACCUGGUGCCCUCUAGAUGUUUUGGAAUACAACCCCCAUUAGCCCCAGCAAGCCUGGCCAAUGGUCAGGGAUGAGGAGCAUCCAAAACAUCCUGAGGGCACCAGGUUGGGGGAAUCUGAUAUAGAUCACCGGAUUAGGGUUGCCAUAUUCUGGCUAUCAACCCCCCCCCCCGCUAUUGGGGCACCCUGCCAUCUCACAUCUCCUUCGCUCACCCACUCCCUGCCGCUAACCCCUUCCUCGUCCACCUGCUCCCCACGUCUUCCCUCCCCUCUCUUACUUUUGUUGUCUUACUCCUGCUCAUGAUGGGAGGCUGAGUAGCCCUGGGAAAGCCCUGCAAGGCCUGGCGACCGCCAGGAGCACCACGAGGCCUAACAUGGCCCUGGGAAAGCUAUGCAAGGCCUGGUGGCAGCCAGGAACAACACCAGACCUAGCACGACCCCCGGCAGGCUGCUCCAGGCUACCCGAUAUGUGUUUUCUGUUCUGGGGCACAGUGCCUUCUGAGCACGCGCGUUCCCCACAAAAAAUAUUUUAAAAACCAAAAACAUUAAAAUAAUAAUAAUAAAAUAAAAACCCAUAACCCGGAUAUUUAAUCCAAAAUGCAAAAAUCCUCCCGGAUGGGGGUGCUGUCCCCCCAAACAUUUCCGGGAAAUCCCGGACACAUGGCAACCCUACAGCUAAUAGAAGCACCAGUAAGGCUUUGUACUUAGCAUGUGGCCAUGAGGCAGGUUGUUGUGUUGAGGAAGCGAAUCCCAAUAAUUUGACUGAUUCCUCUCUCUGCUGUACCACAGCAAGACAUGGGAUUGGGGAAGUCUAGAUACGUGUUCAAAGAUGCAAGUGUGAAAAUGCAGCUCUGGCAAACUUCCCUGAAGUUGUUACACCAAUGUCUGCCUUGGGGUUGCCUUACACGCUACAGUACAUCUUUAGAUGAAAAUGCCGUGUCUAAUGUGGCAGACGCGUGUGCCAUACGCAUACACUCCACAGGGGAACCAUGACGGCGGCAGCUCUCUCUUGGGUAUACUCAGGUUUCCCUCGGGGUAAUGUGUGAAAUGGACAUCAGGUGGAAGGUAAGAGCCUCCUGGGAUCUGGCAGCUCCAUGGUAGAACUGUUCCUAGCAAUCGCUUCUUUCUGUCUGUGUGCCAGUUUGUAUCAAACUGGUUAGCUGGCUUAUAUCAGGCUUCCUCAACUUCAGCCCUCCAGAUGUUUUGAGACUACAGUUCCCAUCAUCCCUGACCACUGAUCCUGCUAGCUAGGGAUCAUGGGAGUUGUAGGCCAAAAACAUCUGGAGGGCCGAGGUUGAGGAAGCCUGGCUUAUAUGCUAAGAGCAGAGAGGGUGAAAUUUGGACAGCACCUCAGGCAAUGGGAGUUGAGUUAAAAAUUCAGCGUGAGUUCAGCUUUACCUCAUUGUGAACAGUCAGUAUAUUGACCUCAGAAGCUUAGAAAACAAAAUGGCUGCCAUUGUGUGUGUGUAUGUAUGUACAGGUCUUUGAAUCCUCUUCCAGCAUAUUCAGACAAUUGUCUUAGUACUGUCACAAACACCCACUGUGAUUCACGCAGUGCCCUCCUGAAGGAAAUGUUCUUCCCUGCAAUGCUCCUCCUCACACAGUGACCUCCUGUGAGCUGUUUAUUUUCCUUUAUGUGUCAUAUGAAAUACUUGGCAAAUGUCAAGUUGCAACCUGAUCUCUAAUGGAGUAUUUUUAAAGGGUGACACAACUCAGGAAAGGAGGACCUGGGAGGUAGGAGGGGAGAGCUGGUACGUGACAACUCUAGCAAGAGUCUCUUUUUGGUUUUGCAAAAAAGAAUGUAGUGGCCUGAAACUUAACACCAACUACUGGGAAUAAUCAGCUUUCUGUGAUAAAAAAAAAGUCCUACCUCACCCUCAGUUUUAUUUUGCUCCUAGAAGUGAGGGCAGAAAGAAAUUUGCACAAAACGGCAAAGCUUUGUGAGUGAAGACGAAGGAGAGUUGCUCCUUGAAAGGCUGCUUUAUUAAAGCUCAGUUGGUCAGAGUGUGGUACUCAUAACGCCAAGGUUGCAGGUUCGAUCCCCACAUGGGACAGCUGCAUAUUUCUGCAUUGCAGGGGGUUGAGCUAGAUGACCAAUAGGGUCCCUUCCAACUCUACAAUGUGAUUCUAUAAGGCGUCACCUCUCCAACCCCAAUUUAUAUAUGAACAGACUUCCGUGUGUGUGUGGAAAGUGGGGUUAUGUUGAAGGAAAGCAGCCAGCACAACCCUCCAUUUCCUCCCUUGUGGACAAUUUUUAUAACCUUUGCUCUUAUGCUCUUGCAAACUUAUUGUACCUGCAUGGGUGCCCGGAAUGGAAAAUGAGAGGGAAUUAUAGGGACAGUACUACCCAAACUAUAUAGAAAUUUAUUCAUGUAUGAGACUACAGUGGCAAGAAUGUUACUUGCCCCAAAAUGGAAAGAAGUCCCAGCAAAAGAAGAAUGGAUACAAAAACUUGUGGAAUAUGCAGAAAUGGCAAAACACACCGGAAAAAUAACAAAAUCAAGAUAUCAAACUUUUAAUAAAAGAAUGGAAAUGGUUUAUUGAAUAUUUACAAAUAAAUUGUAAACAGAUAAGAACAUUGGCAGGUUUAUUGUAAUAACCUGCAGUUUUAUAAGUUUAUAUUUAAAGUAGAUGAAUAAAUGAGUAAAUUAAGUUAAUUUGGAUAUGCAGAAAAUACUAAAAAUAAAUUUAAGGAACUGCAGAAAGAGGGGGAAAGGAAGUCAAGUUUUGAAAUGUAAAAAUGAUUAUAAAAUUAUUGAAAUGUACAAAAAGGAAAACCGUAAAAUUAAUUAAUUAAUUAAUUAAUUAGUUUUUUUAAAAGGAAAGAGAGGAGUGGCAGAAGGGUGGGACAAAGCAACAGCAUCAUGCAGCUCAGAAACAUUUUGUGAAGCUCCACCCACUGGUGUGGAUGUCAAGUGGUGGAGCUUCAAUGGACAACCACGACUGUGGGGGGGGGGAGACAGUGUGCGAUCAAUCUCCUGUCAGUCAUGCGCACAGGAAUAUCAGGUCCACAUGGCCUGUUUGCCGCCCCCAUCUGGACACAGCCUAAGUCUCAUUUCUGUGCAUUCCAGGUGUUUGGAGCCGUCUCUUUCCGACUUAACACGGAAGAUGGCGACACAAGUCACGGUGGCCAGGAAUUCACAGACGGGAGCUCUAGGACAUGAGGACUACAGCCUCUAUAGCAGUAUGAGUGAAGAUGAGCUCAUUGAGUUGGCCAUCCAGCAAAGCCUGACGGAAGACCCUGCAGAGCAAACAGCUACACAGAAGACAACCACACCGACCCACAACGACCCUUACUGCCAGAAUUUCUACCUUUACCCUUGGCAAAGGUAAAGAAGCAAGGAAAGAAAGCAAACACAAAACACCCCACCUCUUCCUACUGUAAAUUCACUGCAUGUCCUGCACCCCAGUCCUAAACAUUUGUGUUAAUGCUUCUGUGAUUACUCUGUUAUAGGUAGGUUAGAUGUUAACUCUGGCUCUGUUGCCUGAUACGGUUGCCGCUCUGAGGCUACGCAAGCCCUGCCCUGACUAGUAACCGGGCUGGAGAUAGUCCAGAAAGACACCUCACAAUAUCCCCAGAUAACACAUUCUAUAGUUGGGAAAGUUCCAGAAAAUGAGAACCAAAAUUAUCAAGGGAUGGAGCAAGCCCCCUAUGAGGAAAGGGGAGUAACAGGGGACACCAUGGAAGUUUAUACAAUGAUGCAUCUGGAGAAAGUUGGCAGGGAAACAGGUUUUCUCUCUCUUGCAAAACACGAGGACUCAGGGACAUAUCCAGUGAAGCUGCAUACUGGAAAAUUCAGAACGGCCAAAAGAAAAUAUUUCACACGGUACCUAGUUAAACUCUGGAAUUUGCUCCUGCAAGAAGAAGUGAUGGCCACCAACUUAGAUGGCCUUGAAAGAGCAUUAGAUAAAUUUAUGGAGGAUAAUGCUAUUAAUGGCUAUGAACUACAAUGGUUAUAUUCUGCCUCCAUGGUUGGAAGCAAUGAUGCUUCUGAAUAUCAGUUGCCGGAAACCACAGGAGGGGAGAGAGCUCUUCUGCUCAUCUCCUACUUGAGGGUUUUCUACAGGCACCUGGUGGGUCAUUGAAAAUAGGAUGCUAGACUAGAUGGAGCAUUUUCCUGAUGCAGCAGGAUAUGUCUUAUAUUUGUCUGAAAUCCUUGGAGGAAGAGAAGGGCAGAAAUGUGUUGGUGGUGUUUUAAAUGUCAGAUUUUGGAGCUGAGCGGAAUAUUGAUUAUCUGCCAAGCCCUCAAAUUGCUAUUUGAAUCUUCUGGUAAAAAAAAUAUUUGACUGAAUACACAGGACUAAACCACAUUACAUUAAACACAUUUUUUAAAAAAGUGUGCCUUUAGAGUGCCACUUUAUUUUCAAGGAAAAGCAGUGCAUGAACCUGCUGUCUGGCUCACACUUUCAAGCAUGAUCCAGAUUGAAGCUCUCCACAGCUGCUUUUCCUUCAGAAUGGAAUAGACAAAUUGCAGCCUGAGAUGGUUCAGUUGGAGCUUAGAAGUACAGUGGUACCUCAGGUUAAGUACUUAAUUCGUUCCGGAGGUCCGUAUUUAACCUGAAGCUGUUCUUAACCUGAAGCACCACUUUAGCUAAUGGGGCCUCCUGCUGCCGCCGCACCGCUGGAGCACAAUUUCUGUUCUCAUCCUGAAGCAAAGUUCUUAACCUGAAGCACUAUUUCUGGGUUAGCGGCGUCUGUAACAUGAAGCAUAUGUAAACUGAAGCGUAUGUAACCUGAGGUACCACUGUAUGCAAUAUGACCCUUCAGACAGUAGAACUUAUUCAUCUUAGCAUUACAGAGUAAAACGAAAGUGCAACUAGAACUUACAUGUAUGCAAUGAGCAUACAACAGCAGCUAUUGCUUAAGAUGAAAUUAGUGAAACUAACAUUUGGACCUAGUCCUGUCCUCUCAAUUAAACUUUGGGUGAGAUCUAACAGAAAAUGUCACAUUUGAGAAUAGUUUUUUCCAUGUGUGUCUGAACAUCCUUAUGUCAGUGCUGCUUAAAACUGUUACAUAUGUCUGUUUCCACUGCCAAAAAGUAUAUUUGACCCAACUCUGGAACUUUUUUUUAAACAAAACAUAUAUCUUGCUGACUUGAGCCAUCCUAGUGAUCAUCAGAAUAAAUAGGGCACUUUAGUUUUUCUUGUGCAAUACUUUAUGUUUAUGUGUUACUUCACCGUGUUAGUUUACAAACUGGGUCAGAUGACUGGCUCAUAGUAGCAAUUGCAUAGAUGUAUGAAAUCACCCUUCGGGGAAAUCCCCACUGACCACAGUAAACACGAUUAUUUUAAAAUUAGCUAACUUGGCAGUUGCAAAAUUAGGAGCAGCAUGACCCAGGAAAGUGUAGCAAAGUCAUUUGAGCAGUUGUGGGGGGUACUCUGUUUUCCAGAUUUGCAAAGUUCAAUGCAAGUCCAUUAUUGAGUUGCAUAUGGCUUAGGAAGUGCUUGAUAUAUUCAUAAUAUAUUAUGCUGAUAGAGAUCAAUGUCAUGCUAAGAUCUAAUAAAUUCAAAGCAAUAUGCAUUUACCCCUCCUUCUUAAAGGAAAGACUUCAUCAGACCGUAUUAAGAUCAUGUAUUACAAGUUUCUGGAGGAGGGCACAAACUCUCUUUCAUCUUUUCUCUUGUCUGAUGUUUUUAUCUAAUGACCUAGGAAAAGGCUAACUAGUGCCUCCCACUGUGUUUCAUAUUUUAUCAAGUUAUAUUUUAAUAUUCCUGUUCCUCUGUUGAUUAUGUCCUGCCUUUUAUAUCAUUGGAAAGGAAAACCACUUUUUUAAAAGGCUUUUAAAACAGAGCUCCACCAAGCGCAACCUCUCCCUUCACUGUAGAUCUGUGAUAGGAAAUCUGCCACAGCGUGGUACAAUGGUCACAGCUGGUGUGGGGUAGUGGUUAGAGUGGAGUCUAGGGUUCAAAUCCCCACUCAGCCAUGAAGCUCACUUCACACACUUACGCAUCUGGUGAAAUUCUGUCUUUAAUGUAAUUCUGCAAUUCUGAAAGAUAUAGCAGGCCAUCUUGUUUGGACCUGGCAACCCCAGCGAUCUCUUCUUGGUCUUGAUCUGAAAGUUUCUUGCAAAGCUUUCAUUCCCACAGCUGUUUCACAACAAAAACUAUCCAGCCAUCCUUCUCUCUGAAGCGAAGAAGGCCCUCAAACCCUUUCUCUGCCUGUUGUGUGGUGAUGGAGGGAUUCAUCUCCCCUGUUGUCUUAUAUGGUCAUUUGAAUCCCCUGACACUUGCUCUGAAGGCCAAAAAUAAUCCAGAACCGAGAGAGCAGCUGAGCCAGAACAAGCCUGCCUUUGUUUAAAGACCCAGAGGGGGCUGCAGGUCCACUGGAUACUGUCUUCUUCUUCUUCAGUGGCUUUCUCAGCCCCCAGACCCACCGCUAAGCAACCCGAGACAUGACCUGCUUUUCUUAUUCGGAGUAUUUUUCAUUAUUUCAUUCGUGCCGUCAUCACUCCAGGCGAUCAGCACAGAAUCAAGCGGCCAGUUCAGGGGUCAGACGGAGGUACGAUGGCAGCCUGUUCAAAACACCCCAACCAGAGUAAGUCCUCCUUACCUUCUUUCCUGUACUUUUUUUCAUUAUUAGGCUACAUUUGUUGUCGUGUGCUUGGCUUGACUAGACAGCUAGAAGGGGUUGGGGGGGGGAGGCGUGUGGUGACAAUUGUAGCAUCAUUUUACGUCUUCUAAGGAGUUUGCAUAACUGGCCGAGGGAAAAGGGACUGACUUUCCCCAUUCCCUCUCCCUGCCUGCCCUUCUCCCUCCCACCUCUUCCACCCACCCCGGAGGCCUGCUGAUCUUGAAAGCGUCCCUUUCUAACCCUAUCUUUUAGGACUCUCUCUGUUGCACUGGAGUGACUGACUCAGCGGAAACAGGAUCCUUGUCUAGCGAUUUAGUUAGAUCAACCAGUUCCCAUGUCAAAAUAGUAAACAAAGCUGACUGCGAUUAUUUUUAGCUGUGUUGCCAUGCGUGCCUUCAGUGUGCAAAAUGGGAGAGCCAAUGCACUAAAGAGCAUGAAAAUAGAGACACAGGGAUCUGUUCUCAGUUGCUUUUGGAAUAUAUAGCCCUCUGUGUUUGCUGGCUUGCAGGUGGGUGGGAGAGUUUGUUUGGGCCUCUGUGUAGUUUAUUCAGCCACAUAAAAUAUGAGUGACUUCAAGGGGGUGGGGGAACAGCCCCAUAAGUUCAACCACCAUAGUGGAUGGUUUCACAGCCAGGGCAUGGAUAGUGCUGCCAUGCCAUUGCAAAUGUCAGAAGCAAUCCUGCAAAAAGUGACAAGUUUUCAACUUUGUUUUAAAAGAGUGCUGGAUCCUGUGGUGUCAGCAAUCCAGAGAGGAGAUGAAAACGCACUUCUUAAAAUGAUGCAGUCGGGGAAAAACCUUGCACAGCCUAACAAAGAUGGAUGGUUGCCCCUCCACGAGGCUGCUUACUAUGGACAAGAGCGCUGCUUGAAGCUGCUGUAUAAAUGCAAGUAUCAGGAAAAAAAGAACUGAUCAGAUCAAACCACAAAACCAUCACAGGGUAUAGAGUAACCCACUGAGUCAUAUCACUCCCUGAAAGAUGCAAGCUUGCUUAUUCAGCCUAUUUUUGUACAUUCAGGGAAUUUCAUGAUUAUACACCCCCCAAAAAAGGUUAAAGGCUAAUGUAUUGAUCAUAAAUAGCAUUUUCACCAUAUCUUCUGCCCCUCACCCCCAUCCCAGUGGAUCAUGCAUAGCAAGCGAAAGCGCAUGUUACCCAAAUUAAACAUCCUGGUAGUUGUUUUAUGGAGAGUUCUCUUGGCAAGUGCUGAAGGUUUCUUUCUGCAUGUCCUCUAAACACUUCCUGCCCCGCCCCAGUUUGCAUGGCAAUAAGCUCUUGUGGUGGCUUUUAAUGGGAAUACUGUGAUCUCACUUAAAUGUACCAAAAACGUCACCGAUAACAAUGGCAGGAGAGGGUGGUGAACUCAGGCGAUCAGACUUCCUAAACUUACUCUGAAAAUGUCUUCUAGCACAAUUGGAGCAAGAAUUUUUUUAACCCUGACGAAAGAAUGAGACUUGCAAGUUGUAUGUGGGUGGUUAGCUAUCACAUAAAAGUUUGACACUAUUGAGCACAGAGUCUGAUGUGAGGAUUAUUCAUGUACAUUACACGCCUCACUAAAUAUGGAUCAACGCUUUCUCCAUAGCUUAUCCUGGGUUACUUGAUCAGCGUACGCUUCAGGAGGAAACGGCGCUCUACUUAGCAACAAAUAGAGGGAAUCUUGAGUGUGUGCGUUUAUUGCUGCAGGCUGGAGCAGAACCUGAUAUUGCAAACAAAGCUAGGGAGACCCCACUUUAUAAAGGUAAGCUGCUUGAUUCUCAUAGGUCUUGAGUGCUCACGAGUAGACUACUUUUCUAGUUGGAAACUGUGUGCCAGGGGCACCAACUUGGACCCCCAACUGUGGGUGCCCAGCGCGCCGUGCACAACGUUGUGACGUCAUAUGACUUCAUGCUGUUGCAGUGUCCACAGGCAUGUGACAGCUCCAUAAAAAACCUGGGCCUGGGCCACUGCCCGCAACUGCUACCCCAGCCCGCGGUAGUUCAGAAAUCAGGGCUGGUUCCAGGUUUGAGAAGGCACUGGGCAAAGUGUCCCCUAGGGAUUCUUCUCCUCUGCUAGUGGGUGCUGGUGAGCAUAUCUGGCCGGGGUGGCAAUGCUCUUAUUUCAAGCUGCUCUUGAAAUAAGAAGAUAAAAGGAGUCCUGCUGGAUCAGGCCCAAAGUCUAAGUUGUUCAGUGGUUCCCAAACGUUUUGGGCAUCUUCCCACUUGGUGGCAUAAACUCAUCCCUAGUGUCCCCAACCUUAUAAAAAGCAUUAGUUAGUAGUAGUAGUAGUAGUAGUAGUAUUAUAAUAACAAUAAUAAAUUAUAAUAAUAUAAUAAACUAUUAUUAUUCAGAAUAGUUGUUUGCAUGACACACUAAGGAAGAUAAUAACACAACAAAAUUCUAAACAGUAACAAUUAAUUGUACAUUUAUUCAAAAUUCAAUUAAAAUUAUUUAGCUCAAUUAAGUCAACAAAACUGAUUAACUUGAUCCAGUUAUAUGAGCUAUUCUCUUUUUUUCAACAUUUUUUAUUUUUAUUUUUACAAAUACAAGAACCAUUAAACACUUAUCCAGCAGUACAUAUAAUGGUGUUUGUUCUCACCUUUGACUUUAGACAUAAACUCACAUAUUCAGUGUUCAAACAUAUUGCUUAAUGUAGCCUCUCUAUUUGUUUGCUCAGACUUUUGCAAGGAUUUGUGCCUUGUCUGGGUUUGUUAUGGUUGCUAUUCUACUGGUUGCUGCUUUGUUAAUCUUUUUUAUUAUUGUAAUUUGCUUUAUCCUUUCUGUGUUUUAAUUGUACCCUUCCCUGAAAUUGCCUUGUGAUGAGGAAGAGGCUAAAUAUACCAUCCCUGCCAUGUGGUUAGUAGGCUGCUGCCAUUUUCAGAGCAGGAAAGAAGAUAGGGAAACUCUAUACAACAGAGAUUUGAGAUAAUGAAAUCAAUGGGAGAGGGAGUCAUUUUAUAUCCUUGAUAUAUGGAUAUUCAUCAGAGUUGCAAGUUCAUCACUUUGGGAGGGGCUGAAAGUGGUGUGUACAUAUUUUUUUUAUAAACAGAUAAAUAAGGACUUGUUUUUGUGUCAGUAUCUGAAACAAUGCCACAAUCUUGAAUGUUUAUUUUGCAUGUUUGUGGGGGGAAACAUUUGGAGAACAAUCCUCUUGUACCCCAAAAAGCAAACAGAAAUCUAUGAAUUCAUUUUAAAAAUGCAGGAGAAAAUAUACGUGGGAUAAAACGAGGCCUUUCUUGGACAAUGAGCAACGUCUUGGUGAAAUUGUCCGAAAUGAAACUUGUUUUUGAGGCUCAGAUACGGAAACCUAAACUUUCUUUUCUUUUUUGUCACCACAGCCUGUGAACACAGAAAUGCCGAAGCUGUACAGGUGCUAUUGGAGUACAAUGCUGACGCGAACCAUCGCUGCAAUCGGGGGUGGACUGCCCUCCACGAAGCUGUGGCUCGGAAUGACUUGGAAAUAAUAGACCUUUUGGUCAAAGGAGGUGCCAAGGUCGAAAGCACAAAUUCCUACGGGCUCACUUCCUUUUUCGUGGCAGCUGAGAGUGGCCACUUAGAAGCCUUGCGAUACCUUGCCAAGUGCGGUAAGCAGUAUUGCAGAAGCAGGAGCAUUUCAUGUGCAGUGGCUGAGAUAUGCAAAACCAUCUAUUGAUUUUCUGUGUUGGGUUUUUCAGUGGCCAGUUCAUAAUUUUGGAUUUGCUUUUUAUUCAUCCUAUACGGCAGUCUUGCAAAGGAAGACAGAAAUUCUAAUUUCUACAAGUUCUUGUCGGAGGUAGCUUAUUGUGCAUUGGUUUCCCACACUUUCAUAAACUAUAGUACAAAGAAGGCAGAACCUUUUCCAGAUUUCAAGUGGGAGAUUCUGAGGUGAUUGAAAGACCCAUAAUUGAAUCUACUCAAAGAUGAUGAUUCACAUUUAUAUCCUACCUUUCUCAGGUGUUCAAAGGAGUGCACACAAUUCCCCACACGUGUCAAGCUCUUCACCCAGUGAGCUUCCUGGAUCAGUAGGGAUUUGAACCUUGAUCUCCAAAUUCUAGUCCAACCCCCGAGGAUACAGAAGUACGGGAAUUUAUUUUAAGCCUUAAAGGGAUAAAACAAUAAAUUGGAAUUUAUUAUACUCAUUAACCAUGGAAUGUUUAGUGUCUGUUGGCAAAGAAAAAUGAAAAACUCUCUGUGUGGUGCUUUACUUAAGCUCCUUAGAGCUUAUAGUGUAGUGUAGUGUAGUGUAGUACAGUAUUUAUCCAUGGCUUGCUGGCUGGCAGGGACCCUGAACAGGAGGACUCUACGUAUAUGAAAAUGCAUGGCCAACUUUUGUUUCAGGUCCUACUUGUCCUCCUCUCAGAUGUAUCUUACAGAGACUUAGCAUUUCUCCAAGAGGCAAAAAAAGGGGGACAGAAUAAAAACAGUGCUUUACCAGAGACAGGGACAACAAUGAGGGGGUUGUCCCUGGUAAAGAGGGGCAGUUGGAGCAUAUGGGACUGAACAUUGUCAUUGACGAAUCGCAAGUUCAGUAUCUGAAAGGUCAAGGGGAAAUUGAAGAGUGUCUGAGCUUGGUUUUCAUUUCCCAUGGUCAAUUAUGAACAAAAAAUAAUAAUCGGAACAAGAAUAUACAAUAAAACUGCACUACUAUUCCAAGCUUUUAAAGCCCCUCUGAGAACCCCUAUAAUAACUUUAUUGCAUCUGUACAAUGCACAGUGCUUGUCAUAAAAUAAAGAUUCCGUUUCUCUCCCUCAUUUAGUUGUAUCCCCAUGGUGGGCUUUGCAGUUGUGUUGCUAGUUACAGUUGUAAGUACAUUAAAGCUUCAAAUGCAAUGGAAAGACUUUGCCACAAAGGAGCAAGUUUUUCUUCGGCAGACACUUGUGCAACCAAUUUCUACACAUGUCUGUUUGGAAGCAAAGCUCACCCUGUUCAGGGGAGCUUACUCCCAAACUAAGUGUGGAUAUUUUUUGUAAUCAAGCAAAUAGAAUUCUGGCACAAUAGAAUUUCCUAGGACGGGACUAAGGUUGAAAUUCCGCAAACACUUACCUAGGAGUAAGUAGAGUUGCCAUAUUUCUAAAAAGUGAAAAUCCAGACACAACAGUUGUUGAGCUUUUCUCUCUUUUUUUUCGGCCAAAGUUUUGGAGCUAUUUUUCUUUUUGAAAUUCACCAAAGAAUCAACACUUCCCAGAUAUGUCCAGGAAAUUCCUGACUUAUGGCAGCCCAAGGAGUAAGCCCUACUGAAGUCAGAGACACAUAUGUCUGAAUAGACAUUAUAGAAUGGCUUAUUCGUUUUAUGUGUAUUCAUCUAAUACACAUAACAGAGAGGGAAAUUGUGUAGCAAAGGGAAGCAGUGGGUACAUCCAGUCUCAUUUUACACUGAGUGUGAAGGUAUAGAUCCAGUAAUUUGUAGAAGGUGUGCAAGUUUUUAAACUUUUAAUUACUCCACUGUAUUUUGUUCUCAGAAGUUCCAUGUGUUCUGCUAUUCAUUCAUUUGCUUUUCAUUUGUUUUCAUAACUAAUUCAGGUUACUCUGAAUUAUUUCCAUUCAUGAUUCCACAAUUGAUUUCAAGGCAAAACCUAGUGAGUCCUUUGUUGCCAGAAAGACACUGGUGCUUUUCAUCCAAAUAACAUAUCCUCUUCAGGAAUUCUACUAUUCAUUCAAAGCAUCACCCUUGCCACAUUUCAGACAGGUGGGGGAAGGGGUUGAUGCUUAAUUUAAAAGGGCACACAUCCUUUAAGCUGCCCAUUGCUUCGGAUAGGAGACGUAGCUAAAAGGAUCUGACCUGACAAAUUUCAGAGAAAUAGUACAAAAACUCAUGAUUUUAUAAAAACCACUGUAUAUUUUUCACUGCUUUUUCUCCCUGUAAUCUUUCUCUGACCUGGACAGGCUGUCCCAGACAGUUUCCAUUUUUCAUCCCAAUAGAAACAGCUGAAGCUAAUACGAACCAAAUGUCCCCCGCCCCAUUCAGAUCUCAUUUGUUUGAAUUCCCAUUCAUUUUUAUAAGUGCGUAAGGGGAAAUGAGCAAGACUCUUUUCUCUAAUUGCUAGUUUGUUUUAGAAUGCACACCAAUACAAACCUACUUCUGAUGCAGAUAUGAAGCCCUGAUCAUAAUGGCUGCUAAAUUCAUUGUGUCAGGGCCCCCUCCUCCAAAGGGCAAGGGCAUGUCAUUGCAACCUUCAUUGCGAUAAGCAUGAUGCCUGAGUACAAGAAUCCUGUGUGUGUUGAAAACCCAGCACUUAUGUGGUUUGUGCCACUUCAUUGGCAUAUACACGUCUUAAGGCCCUCUUUUGUUACCUAAAUUUCAGGCAUAGAGACAGGGCCGGAUUUAGGUUUGAUGGGGCCCUAAGCUACUGAAGGUAAGGGGGGCCCUUUAUAUGUCCAGCUGUCAUUUGUCAACAACAAAUUGUCACUGGGUUUUUUUUGUUGAAUAUAGGCUAUAUGGUAAUUUAUUGACCUAAUAGGUAUCUAGCAAAAUAUGUAUUUUAUCAAAGUAAUUGUUGAACUGAAAUACAAUUAAGAAGAAGUAUAUUAAUAGUGAGAUACAAUUUUUUUAUUUUAUAUUUUGGAAAUGUACAUCCAGGUGUUUUUUCCUUUAAUUUUUUGGGGGGCCCCAAGAGAGUGGGGCCCUAAGCUAUAGCUUGUUUAGCUUAUACAUAAAUCCGGCACUGCAUAGAGACAUAUGCUGUUGAUUUCCAGAUGUUCCGAAAGUGAGCCUUGCUUUAUAUUUCUUUCAUUUGCAGGUGCUGACAUCAAUACUCAGGCCAGUGACAAAGCGUCUGCCCUUUUUGAAGCUUGUAAAAAUGGACAUGAGGAGAUUGUGGAGUUUCUCUUGUCCCAAGGAGCUGAUGCUAACAAAACCAACAAGAAUGGCCUCUUGCCUAUUCACGUGGCCUCCAAAAGAGGCUAUUAUGAGUAAGUUACUUUAUUCCUGAGGGUUGUUGACAGAUUUGAGCAUUUCUGCAUAAAGGUUAACAGGGGUUCUUUAAAAAAAACAACACACCAUAUAAGUUUGUGUAUAUGAAUCCACAGUUACUAUGGGGAUUGGGGUAGCAAUGAAUGUACUACAGACAAGAACCAAAACAAGUUGUUCUGUUUAGAAUAGUCUCAGUUUGCACUGGGGACAUGUUGUCUUCUAAGAAGGCAUUUUCUCUGCCAUCAUCUUCUUUCCAGUAAUCUCACAUCUAAUGCAAAGUUUAUCCUCUGUUAUUGGAGGGGUUAUUAUUUUAUUUGUUUGAAAUAUUUCUAAGCUGCCAUGGAAAGUUUUAACUAGAGGUUGGGUGGCUAUCUGUCAUGUAUGAUCCAAAAUAAAUAGAUCCAUAGACUUCACUUGCUAAAAUCACACAGGUUGAUGUGUGGUUGAGAUGCUGGUUGAAACGUAAUAACCAAACAUAAUCGUUGCAAGUAAGUUAUUGGACUCCGCUCUGCCCAAAAUAAAAGUAGAUUAUUUUACUUUGCAAAGCUCUGUCAAUGUAAAACUGCAUUGAUACAUGAGAUCAGAAUUAGGUUGAAGACCCAAUGUUUCUGAAUAGUUAAGGAUCAAGCACUUGUUAAAAGGUUUCGAGGUGAAAGUAUUAAAGAGCUUCCCAUCUUUAGCUGCUUGGACAAAAUAUUUAUCCAAGUGGCAAACUUUGCCCCCGCAUGGCCAGUCAUUUUAAUCCCUUUGGUAUUCUGAAUAACAACACUCUUCACAGUGACCUCUCUUUGUAAGCAUGUGGAUUUAAUACAUAAUUCUGCAGGAAUUCUGCAUUCAGACUCACUGCCAGGACACGAAGCCUCCAUAAUAUGAAAAAAGCCAAGGGGAUCGUUUCUAUUUUUUUUAACUCUUGUUGCUUGACGUUUGUUUAUUGUACUUAAUGCUCUCACCCUGUUUGGAAGGCUAAUGUGAAACUGUAUCUUGUCAAAUCCAUGACCUUAGGCACAUAUUCUUUAACUCAUACAAUCAUGAAUAUUUGUAGCUGUGAAGUGGUUGGAAUUUAUUCCUUUCUAGAUAUAGUAUUAAUAGAUAUAGUAUUUAUUACGUUCUUUAUUAGCAGUAUGAGACUCAGAAGAGUGGGACCUGAUGAACAGUGUGAUAAACCUAUCAAUGUAGCUGGGAGAGAAGAAGAAUAUUAAAAAGCAAAUCCGACAGCAGGAUCACACUAAAAAGGAGCAGACGGGCAGUCAUGAUAACUAGGAAUUCCUAAGGGAUUAUUCACAUGAUCACUCUGUGCUGGUGUUGUGCAGUGCUGAAUCGAUUGCCUGAAUAGCACUUCCUCACAAGCACAAAUUGCCACUGCUAAAUUCAUGCGAAGCCAUGGUUUGUAAGGAUGAGUCAGAUAACCCUGAUUUAGGAACCAUACGCACAGUGCAAUCUAGUUUGGGAGAAGAGCUGUAUGAAUUAGUCCUGAAUAAGAGAAUGUAAGUUUGCAACUUCUAGUGCCAUGCCUGUUUACAGAGAAAGAUGUGUUUGCAUAGUCUACUUGACAAAUGCCUUUUAAACUGUAUUUUGUUUUGGCAUUAUUCAGGGCUAUAGAUUAGCUUUCUAAUUUCAUAAUUAUCCACUGCAAGUCUUGGGGAAGGGGUUGACCUAUACCGUAGACCAAGCUUUUGCAUAGCGUUGGCUUUUAAGAUAUGUACUGAACCAUCUGUCUCUCCAACAUCCAGCAACUGAGAAGCAACUUAUGUAUAUUCUUUACAUAGCAGUGACAGUCAUGCUGGAAUGAUUCUCCUUAGACUUUGUUGGUGUAGUACUCUUGUUAUUCUUAGAGUUGCAUGAAUUUCCUUUCAGAUCAAGGGAUGAAGUCCAGAUGUUGCUGGACCUCAGCUCCCAUCAUCUCUAACCACUGGCCAUGCUGGCGAAGGUAAAUGGGAGAUGGAGUCCAACAACAUCUGGAGAGCCACAGGUUCCCCAUCCCUGAACUAGAUCAUUCCUUUAAAAAAUUGCACCACAGCAGCACAAGGAGCAACUAAUUAAAACAACCUCCCCUUACAAGCACCUUUCUUCACAAACCAGGUGGAUACGUAUUGGUGGUAAUCUGAAGGUUCUUUGAAGUUGACCCUUCCAUCCUACCCCACCUAGUUGCCUGCCAUAAUUUAGUUUAGAUUUACAUCCAGAAGAACAUGGCUUGCUCUGUUUCAGAGAUGCAUUUGACUAGGUUCUUUAAUACCCAUAAAGGUUAUGCUUCUUUAUGUCCAACAAGGUAUCGGUCCCUAACUGGGGGAAAAAGCCUGCAGUUCCUCUUUAACUCAGCUCUAAGAAGCUUGCUUGAGCAGCAGAAUAAUCUCAACCCUUAAAUGUUAAUAAAUCCCAGUAGAAUCCAGGAUGACUAAUGCUAGUGCUUGGCAAACUCUCAUUUCGGCACUGUGUGUGACUUUUCAGCUAUUAUGGCUAUUACAAAGCAUUUGUUAGUGGUGGAUGUUUGCCAGCUAAACAGCACCCAGGCUUCCCGCCUCCAGGGAGCAUCACUGCUGGGUGAGGUCAGCCUUUCUGCUUUGAGAAAUGAUCUGCACAUGAAUUUCCUCCUGUGGCUUUGAUUAUUUUCUUCUGAUGAGGGCAUAAUGUCUCGAGAGCAUGGAUAAUGCAAGGCAGGCUGGUAGCUGUUGUUCCGAAGACUUUUCCACUAGUGUUCCUGUUCCAGCUGUUGCCUAGACCUUUCCCCUACUUUAACUGUACAUGUUGAACUUCUUCAUGCCAUAGGCCUGUCUCAAAUGGAUUUGCUCAAUAAUGUUUCUGAUAGAACCACUCAUGCUGCCUGUCUGCCCAUCCCACUCUUGAGCACUGGGUGCUUACCUGUUUCAGUCCACAUUGUGAAAUUACAUGCCUCACCCCAUAAAAACCAAUGACGAUGCUCCUGCAAUGUAAGGAGAAAUAUCAGGGGGAAACCAUUCACUACGGCAGCCUAUAUCAAUAUAGUUUAUAGAUCUCAUUUAGAAAGAGUGCCACUUUAAGAAUAGCACAGGAUAUAAGGACUGAAAACAGAAGAAAGGGGAGUUGUAAGCUGGGAUGGAACAGCUUAGUUUUAUUCAGUAAAGUUAUCCGAGGUUGGUAUGGAGUUUGGCUACAUAAGAACAGGCCUUUUCGGUGGUAGCCCUGAUUUGUGCAGUGAUCUCCUCUUGGAAAUGCACCUCGUGUAGACCUCCACUGUUGAUCUUUAAAGGACCAGGCUGUCAUUGCUUAUUUACCCAGGCCUUUGGUAGUUAAGUUGGCCUCUGCUGUGGUGCUAAUCUUUCAGUGGCACAGAGAAAUACUUGUCCUUCCGGUUGUGGUGUUGGAUGAGCAUGAUAAGAAUUUUUCAUUGUACAGUUGUGGGCUUUUGGUUGCUUUUAUCCGUAUGUAUUUUAGCCUUGUAUUCAAGGCUAAGGAAAAACACCACCCGUACCCAGCCUUAGCAUUCAAGAUCAUUCCUCAGGUGCUGUGGCCCCCUCUCUCUCCCCUUGCCUUAAUAAAUCUUAAGCAAUCUGAGGGAAGAUGAUUUCACUGCUGUUAUAUAUGCCUGCAGCGCCUAUCGUAACAGGACAGCCAGAUACUGCUAUAGAAGCAAUAACUUUGCUGGAAAAGCAAGCUUAAGCUCACAUCUGGCCCUUGAUUCAUUUCUGCUAGGAUUGUGAAAAUGCUGCUCCCGGUCACCAGCCGCACUAGAACCAAACGCAGUGGCAUCAGCCCUCUGCAUUUGGCAGCUGAAUGCAACCGCGACGAUGUCUUGGAAGAGCUGGUUGAGGCUGGCUUUGACGUGAACUUCACUCUCUCUCCUGAGCGCUCGCGGCUCUACGAGGACAGGCGCACCACUGUCCUCUACUUCUCCGUUUUUAACAACAACGUUGAAGCUGCUCAGCUGCUGCUUGAGGCUGGGGCCAAUCCCAACGUCGACCUCAUCAACCCCCUGCUCAUCUCCAUCCGCCAUGGCUGCUUGAAGAUGAUAAAGCUGCUUAUUGACUAUGGAGCCAAUAUUGAUGCCUACGUCGCUUCCCAUCCAACGACCUUCCCUGCUACCAUCAUGUUCUCGAUGAAGUAUCUUUCUCUGCUGAAAUUUCUGAUGGAUCUAGGCUGUGAUGCCAUCUCUUGCUUUAAAUGUCAGUAUGGGUGUGGCCCACAUCCUCCCAUUGAAGCUAAGAGAGACAGGUAUCAUGAUCCCCAGGUGAAUAAAGAGCAGAGCAUUGUACAGGUGAGUCUACCCUUACUAGCUCGUAUUUUCUGCGACAUUUGGAGGAGCUGUGGUUAUGGCCUUUCCUUAGGAAAGGCUUCAGGUCCAGUCACCAGCUUUUUCAUUCUAAAGCAGCCUUCUUCAAUCCAGUGCCCUCUGCAUGUUUGGGACUAUAGUUCCCAUUAUCGCCAGCCUGCAUGGGUAAUGGUUAGGGAUGAUGGGAAUUGUAGUCCAAAACAUAUGGAGGGCAGUAGAAUGGGGAAGGCUGGUUUGAAGUAUGUAAAGUUGGUCUGGGAAAUGCCUCAUUCUGAAAUUCGAGAGAACCAUUACCAGUCUGGGUAACAAUACAGCAGAGAGCUAGCUGAGUAAUUGGCUGAACAGCAUAAUCCUAUGGAAAAAAGGCAACAUAGAAAGGUUAAUGAUACUCCCAAACUACUGGAUGUCAGAUGUUUUUGAAACUUCUUAUGGGCUCAUAUUAGACAGCUCAUAUAUAUAUUUCUCGAGUCAGCCACCAAUAUUUCCUAUUGAAUAACAAAUUCUGUUUAAUGAAUGCAACAUCUGUCCAUCUUGUGCAUUUUGUGCUUUUAUGUUGUAACCCACCCUGUGAUGUCUGGAUGAAGGGCGGUACAGUGGUACCUCAGGUUACAUACGCUUCAGGUUACAGACUCCGCUAACCCAGAAAUAGUGCUUCGGGUUAAGAACUUUGCUUCAGGAUGAGAAUAGAAAUUGUGCAGCAGCAGCGCAGCGGCAGCAGGAGGCCCCAUUAGCUAAAGUUGUGCUUCAGGUUAAGAACAGUUUCAGGUUAAGAACAGACCUCCGGAACGAAUUAUGUACUUAAACCGAGGUACCACUGUAUAAUGAAUUUAAUAAAUAAUAAUAAUCUUACCAACUUCACAGGAUUACGAUGGAGAUAAGUGAGGUCUCAAGCAGUGUAAAGAAAUUUCUAAGACCAAAACAUCUUGAAAUAAUCACAUGCCCAGGGAGGUGGAAGCGGAAACUAUUCCUGCUUACCUAGGCAUUUGGUAGCUGAAGUUCAGGGGAAAAUCUGAGAUCAAUGGCUGAAAUAAUGUUUUGAAUUGGAACUGUUUUAAAUUGGAAUUUUAACUGUUUUAGAUAUAUUUUUCUUUCUUUAAAAAAUGUGGACGGUUUGCUGCCCUCGACUCCUUCAGGAAGAAGGGCAGCAUACAAAUUCAAUGAAUGCAAGAGAAAUGGGUAAUGUUAAUAGCAUACAGGCAACCCUCGUUUUGUGUGGAGGUCCUGUUCCAGACCCCUGCGCACAUUGGUGGAGAGCAUGUAAGCCCAGCCCACUCCACCCUGCCCGCCCCAUCCCUUUUUGUGACAUUUUUGUGACUUUGGGGCUACUUCCAGGUUUGGCACCAUCUGCAGGUGUGCAAUUGUGCAUCAUUCGGACACACCCAAAUCAGACGUUGCCUGUCUUAGAAGUGGGGCCUGCAGCAGAACGUUGCAGUGUGGAAUAUUACUGUUCAGAGUUCCAACCAGCUAGCCAUGCCCUCUUCCAGGACACUGUUUUCUGAAGUUGUUUGUACCUCUGCAAACACUGGGGCUUACCGAAGCUUGCCGAUACUUCCCUCUGGUGCAUAAAUCCUGCUGUUUUGGGCUAAAAUAAAAUAGGCAUUUGGGGGGUGGGUUUGCUCUCUUAGUACAGUGGUACCUCGGGUUACAGACGCUUCAGGUUACAGACGCUUCAGGUUACAGACUCCGCUAACCCAAAAAUAGUACCUCAGGUUAAGAACUUUGCUUCAGGAUGAGAACAGAAAUCGCACGGCGGCAGCAGGAGGCCCCAUUAGCUAAAGUGGUACCUCAGGUUAAGAACAGUUUCAGGUUAAGAACAGACCUCCAGAACGAAUUAAGCUCUAAACCUGAGGUACCACUGUAAGUUCUUAACCCGAGGUACCACUGUAUAUAUAUAGGAUGUAACCUUGAGAAGUAAUUUAUCUGAACGCCACUAGAGGGCAUUUAAACUAUUUCACAAAGAGUGAAAUAAGAGCUGUUAGCAGCAGCAGCGCGAUUUGUUCUUGUUUUCUUCCAGAAUCACACUUCAUACAUCUGCAGAAUACUUAUUUUACUUUCAGGGCAAUCUUAUUGGGAGAUGCUUCUGUUAAUAUGGAAUUUAAUAUCUAGAACAAUGUUUUCUCAUGAUGAUGCUGGUUUGUUUGGAGUUGGGUGCUGCAAUGUGCCAGGCAUAGCUGCAAUGUUCAGAUUUUCUGCAGCCUUGCAUUUUCCAUUAUGAAUCCAUUAUGAAUGCAUGUGGGCAAAUCAUAGAGUCAGCACUAUGCAGCAGAAACAGGGAUGGGGGAACCUGAGGCAUUCCAGGUGGGUGGACUACAGCUCCCUUUGGCCUUGCUGGCUCGGGCUGAUGUGGGUUGGGAUCAAACAACAUGUGGAGGGACACAAGUUCCUCAUUCCUGAAUGGAGUGAAGGACGAGGAACAAAAAGCUAUUUAGGCUAUGCAUUUCAGAGUUUCCUAUGACCAGACAUACAAUACAGGAACUUACAGCCACUGUCAAAGGCCGCCCACAGCACACAAAUUGAGGUGGUAGAAUUUUAGAUUUUGCCACUUCAGGAUAUAUGUGGUCAUAGUUUUGAAAGCUCUGAUCAUGAUGUAAACAAACACAUCAGAGAGUGGGCCAAGUUAAAUAUUUCUCCCCGGUAUACUUGCUUGCUACAUGCAGGAAUGGGUAAUAAUAAUAAUAAUGAUAAUAAUAAUAAUGAUAAUUUAUUUAUUUAUGCCCCACUCAUCUGCCUGGGUUCCCCUCUGGGUGGCUCCCAACAGAAUAUAUAAAAAAGCGACAAAACAUCAAACAUUAAAAACUUCCCCGAACAGGGCUGCCUUCAGAUGUCUUCUAAAAGUCAGAUAGUUGUUUAUCUCCUUGACAUCUGAUGGGAGGGCAUUCCACAGGGGGGCGCCACUACCGAGAAGGCCCUCUGCCUGUAGGCCCUGUAGCUUUAUGCUAAAUGCAAGCAUUCAGAAUGCAUGCUCCCCACCUCUAACUUUAAAUGAUAGGGUCAAGGAUUCUGCGAUAUCCUUCUGUAUGACAUGUAGACCUGCUUUCCCGCAUCUUGAUUGUAAGGCAACCAGGUGAAUCUGUUGGAAAUCAGAGCUCUCCCUGUAAAGUUCAUGACCUUCUACCACCUCUAUUGCAGGUUGCCUGCUAGCGGUCUACUUUGGAUUUGGGGAAAGGGUGGGCGGGGGUGUCUGUUGCUGUUCUCCUACAAUAACAAAUUUUGUAUAUCUCGUUUUUGCCCCCAGUUUUGUGAAAUGGUAUCAACUCCGGAGAUGAGUCGUUGGGCUGGGCCUAUUAUCGAUGUUCUUCUGGAUUAUGUGGGCAAUGUGCAACUUUGUUCCAGGCUCAAGGAGCACAUUGACAGUUAUGAAGACUGGGCUGACAUUAAAUACAAAGCAGGUUAGUUAAAAGAAUUCUGAGUAAUCUAAAAUAGAAACUAAAGUUUUCAAACUCCUCCUUCACCAGAAGAGGCAGGGGGAAGUGAGAGCCUGAGACUAAACUAUGCAAACCACCCUGGGAUUUUUUAUUGAAGGGCUUAAGUUUGGAAACUUCAAAAAGUAAUUAGUGAAGACAUUUGCUUCUGUAAAAAAAAUUCAUAACGUUCUCUGGUGACUAUUUCAGGCCCCCAAAAGCAGCAUAAAAAUGUAUUUUUGCUUGCUCACUCACUUACCCUACCAUAUAUUCUCUUUUCCAGAGCCACCAAGGCCACUUGCUCACCUCUGCCGGAUCAAAAUUCGAAGUCUGAUUGGGAAGAGCCGUAUUUCUCUUAUUGACACUUUGCCUCUUCCAGGGAGACUGAUGCGCUAUUUACAAUAUGAUUAUACUCGCUGA